GCCGGAGGUCUCGACAGCCACACACACUCCUGUGCGCCUGUGCCUCGGCUUUUUGGUUUUGAUGCGCUUACUCUGAAAGCCAGCUGUGUCUACCUCUUCAGCCUCCUGGUCACUCCUCGGAUAAGAGAUGCAGAUGCCAAACUCUGGGGCCCCGAAUCUCCUGCUCAUCCUUCUGGGCCCCUUACUGUUGGCUGUUGGCCAGGCUGCAAUGGAAAGCCAAGAGCUGUAUGACCUAGAGAAGGAACCAGCCUAUUGGGACGCUCAGGCCAAGGCAACACUGGAUGCUGCGCUGAAACUCCGCCCCCGAGAUCACCAGGCCAAGAACAUCAUUCUGUUUCUCGGUGAUGGGAUGGGCGUGUCUACAGUUUCUGCAGCUCGAAUUCUGAGAGGUCAGAUGGAGGGCAGGUCCGGCGAGGAGACCAUGCUGGCCAUGGACACCUUCCCAUAUUUGGCACUGUCAAAGACAUACAGUGUGGAUAAGCAGGUAGCAGACAGUGCUAGCACGGCUACAGCCUAUCACUGUGGUGUGAAGGCUAACUCUAAGACAGUUGGGCUAAGUGCUAAUGCAGUGGCCUACGAGUGUAACACCACCUUCGGUAAUGAGGUGUACUCAGUGCUACGACGUGCUAAGGCACAAGGUAAAUCAGUUGGCGUGGUAACCACCACACGUGUCCAGCAUGCCUCCCCGGCCGCCGCUUACGCCCACUCUGUUAGCCGCAGCUGGUACAGUGAUGCAGAUCUUCCCUCCAGUGCACGCAGACAGGGCUGUGUCGACAUCGCAACACAACUAGUUACCAACGUUGACAUUGAUGUGAUUUUAGGUGGAGGGAGGAUGUACAUGACACCUAAAGGCACCCCAGACCCAGAGUACCCUACCUCCAACUCUCGAAAGGGGGACCGCAGGGACAAGAGGAACCUCAUUGACGUUUGGCUGAAGGCUAAACCAAAAAAGAAGUCUCACUAUGUUUGGCACAGGAGGGAGUUUGAAGAGAUAAAUGUUAAGACUACUGACCGGCUCAUGGGUCUUUUUGAGCCAAAGGACAUGAGAUUCGAGGUUUUCCGGAACGGCACACGUGACCCCUCCAUAGUGGAGAUGACGGAGAAGGCCAUACGAAUCCUCAGCAAGAAUCCCAAAGGAUAUUUCCUGUUUGUGGAAGGAGGGAGAAUUGAUCACGGCCACCAUGACGGCAUUGCUAAACUGGCCCUGACAGAAGCUGUGAUGUUCGACCGAGCCAUUGAGCGUGCUGCACAACUGACCAGAGAGUCGGAUACUCUUACUGUGGUGACUGCAGACCACUCCCACGUCUUUACUUUUGGUGGUAACACACCGAGAGGGAAUCCCAUCUUUGGUCUGGCACCAAAGAAAGCUGAUGACAAAAUGCCUUUCACCAGCAUCCUUUAUGCAAACGGUCCCGGCUAUGUGCAUAUAAAUGGAACCAGAGGGAACAUCACAAUGGUGGAUUACUACGAUGAGGAGUACAUGCAACAGGCUGCUGUCCCGCUGGAUGCUGAGACACACGGCGGGGAGGACGUGGCAAUCUACGCCAAAGGCCCCAUGGCUCAUCUAUUCCAUGGGGUGAAAGAGCAGAACUAUGUGGCACAUGUCAUGGCGUAUGCCGCCUGCUUAGAACCCUACACGAACUGCCCUCCUCACCCCCACAGCCACACCUCGAAUGGGUCUCUGAACACAUCCUCAAGCCUCUUGUUUGGCCUGCUUGGACUCCUCUGGUUCCUCAGAUGACCCCCACCCCCCAAAACAAAGCAUAUAAAACACACCUUACAUAAAUACAUUUUAUGCACGCAGCAACACAACCAUUUGAAGGUGAAGACACACCUAAUGCAGGGAAUAACAUUUACAACACUUUGUCUAGCAGAUACAUACAUUCAUCCUGAUCACACAGUGUACUUUUUCAUGAGCUUUAAACCUAGAAUGCAUGUGAGAUUAAGGCUAAAAGUUGCUUGCAGAAGCUCCCAAAUGCAAAUUAGCAAACAGGCCAGUACUGCAAGCUGGAACACAUGCAAAUAUGCAAACAUGAACACACACACACACACACACACACACAGGCCUUUAAAAAUAAAUUGCGUGCAAAUGCAUCUUUAUGCAGCCAGCGGCAUUUGGAAUGAUUUUUACAAACAUGCAACAUGACAAGAAACUUGCAUUAACUUAUUUUAUUAGUUAGUUAGAUUAAUGUUCAUCUUUUCAUUCUAAGUUAAAGUUGUGCGCGUGCUUGGUUCACUCAGAGCCAUCUUUGCAAAGGGCUGUUAUUUACUCAUCAAACAUUAGUCUGAGGCUUUAUCCAGAAUAACUUGAAAACAAGCAGGUUGGUUGUGGGCUCCCUGUUUAGCUUGUGUGAGCUCAGACAGGACAUUCAGCUGUUAACGUACAUAGUGGCAACUUAAUAAAUGACUGUAUGAUGGAAAAAGCAACAGGAGCAUGCCAUAAGCUGAGACACCAACAGACCAUACAGGGAAUUGUAAAAUGUACUGUGCCUAUUUCAGGAGUGCAAAAAUGUUCUUGUCAUUGCUACUAUUAAGUUUGUAUGUUAACCUUCUUUUGGUCUUGAAUACUAAAUAUAUUCUCUGUAAUCUAUAUGGAUUGUACAUGAAUGUAUUUUAGAAGCACAUUUUAUAAAUGUAUUUUUAUAUUGUGUUUUUGCAAAUGAUAAGGAUAAAAAUUACACCUUUUCUUUUUAGGCCAUUCUUUUUGGGGGAACCUUAGAGGAGGGCAAAUGUCUGAAAAAGCCUGGGGAUUUUUAAAGAAAAUAUAUGCAAUAAAUACUGGCGUUAAUAUAAAAGCUUUGAUUCAAAGGAAUCACACAAUUUUAAUGGAUUGGUUGGAGUUAAACUUUAGUUUAUUUCAUGCAAGCACACAUGAAAGAUGUUCCAAAUCAUUGGAUAUUUCCAAAAUCCAAAUACAUAGCCUGAAAAUGUGGAAUAUUGCUACAAACAUUUGUAAUAACAAUCAGGUAAUCAGGGCAUCAACAGAAUAAGUCAGAAACAAAACAAGAUUGAUAAAAAGCAUGUUUACUUCUACUCAUUCACUUUAUAAGAUUUCAAUAACACAGUUUCAUAAAGGACUGACAUUUGUUACAAUCUCCUGGAGGAGUAACAUCUGAAAUAACACCUUAAGUUAAUGGGAAUUCAAAGACAUUGACCUACCACAUGACCUUUAAAUCCCCUCCGUUUAUCAUUGCAUCAGAAUCUGUGAAAAUCUAGAUCCCUGCUCUGUCAUAUCCUAACAUAUUUUGUUUUGGAUUUGUGUAAUCCUUUUAUUGGUGUCUUUUUCAGAGGCCUUGCUGACUUUUUCAAAAGCUUUCUCUGUAAAAAGUUCAGACACUGAUUCUGACAUUACACCAUGACCUUGUGUUGGUCUGUGUCAGUGAGUUUAAAACUUCACUGCUGAAAAAUCCACAUGGAUGUACAGCUUGAUCUACCUGUACAGACACAGACACAUAUGUCAUCAAUAAAUACCACAUUAAACUCAAAUCAAAUAAAUGGCUGCUCUGUUAGAAAACUGUUUCAUAAAGUUAGAUAACAACAUAAUGAUGUAUACAUGACAUCAUAAAACAGAGUAAUCAUAACCACCAUUAAAUGCUUUGUGGUGGCUGAAACAAUACUGACUGCAGCUGUUCCUGGUAAACAUUCAGCAGAUAUAUUUCAGCUGUCUUUGCACCUCAGCUGAAGAAAGAAACACUACAUUAACAAAUACAGACUAAGGAUGAAUUAAAUCAGAUUAAAUUAAAUAAAUUUAUUGGGUGAUUCAUUUAUGUGUUUUUUUUUUUUUUUUUAGAGUAAGAAAGUGUGAUAAUAAUACAACAUCUUACUAGAUUAGUUUAAAGCUACUGAGUGUUCAGAGCAAUCAGUUGGGUGCUUUGUCAAUUACCUUACUGAUAGAACCCAGGGUUUAAAGUUAGAAGGUGCUGCCUCAGGUGUUCUACAAAUCCACAUGGGGGUACCUCAAGGUUUUGUUCUGGGCCCACUUUUAGUGACUAUCUACAGUAUAAGAAUUGCCUUGAACAGAAUAUGACAAAAUCUGCUUUUACUGUUCUAUGCUAAUGAAGCUAUUAUUUACUGUUUUGUUGUUGUGAUUUAGUACAAUAUCAGCUUUGCCAGGGAAGAAGGUUAAGAAAUCUCUGGGUUUUUACCUGAUGACAACUUGCUCCUCAGGGAGCACAUUCAGUAUUUUGCUAAAAAAAAAGCCAAAUGUUUUUCAACGUUUUUCUAUAGAAGCAAGUCCUGUUCCUCCUUUUACGUAAAAAUAAAAAUAAAUCUACCAUU